GGCACGCAUGCGCAAUAGUUCAUAUACGGUGUGAUUUUUUUUGGAUGACAUGUUAGCAGUAUCGAACGUCAUUAGCGUCACCUAAUCGAUAUCAUACACGUAAGAUUUUAAUGUAGAACGAUGCGAAAUGACAGAUAAUCGCUGUGAAAACAAACGUAAACACCCGCACUAUCGAGUAUGCUCUGUCAAAUACGGAAGUAGAGUGCGGUGAAUGCUAGCUGGAGGAGCCUGGCAGCCUUAGCUUAGCCGAGCGGUCGUCUGUUGCCCUCAACCGGGGAGCUUGUCUUGUGAGCGCUCGGCGUUGUGCUGGAAGAUGGCGCUACCUGAAUGGAAAUCCUAAUGACAGUCUCCAAAUUUGCCUCUUUUUGUACCAUGGGCGCCAAUGCCUCUGCUCUGGAGAAAGAGAUUGGAUCUGAGCAAUUUCCGGUCAAUGAGCACUACUUUGGCCUGGUCAAUUUUGGGAACACCUGCUACUGCAACUCAGUACUGCAGGCGCUCUACUUCUGCCGGCCGUUCCGGGAGAAGAUCCUGGCGUACCGCAGCCAGCCUCGGCGGAAGGAAAACCUGCUCACCUGCCUGGCCGACCUCUUCCAUAGCAUUGCCAACCAGAAGCGGAAAGUGGGCGUCAUACCGCCAAAGAAGUUUAUCACGCGGCUCCGCAAGGAGAAUGAGCUGUUUGACAACUACAUGCAGCAGGACGCCCACGAGUUCUUGAACUACCUGCUCAACACCAUUGCCGAUCUACUGCAGGAGGAGAGGAAGCAGGAGAAAACCAACGGCCGCCUGGCCAACGGCACCUUGGACUCGCAGAACAACAACAGCAACGCCACGCCCGCCCCCACCUGGGUGCACGAGAUCUUCCAAGGCACGCUGACCAAUGAGACCCGCUGCCUCACCUGUGAAACGAUAAGCAGCAAAGAUGAGGACUUUCUGGACCUUUCUGUGGAUGUAGAACAGAAUACCUCCAUAACACACUGCCUCAGAGGCUUCAGCAACACGGAGACACUUUGCAGCGAGUACAAAUACUACUGUGAAGAAUGCAGAAGCAAGCAGGAGGCGCACAAGAGGAUGCGUGUCAAGAAGCUGCCCAUGAUCCUGGCUCUGCACCUGAAGCGCUUCAAGUACAUGGAGCAGCUGCAGCGCUACACCAAGCUGUCCUACCGCGUCGUCUUCCCGCUGGAGCUCCGCCUCUUCAACACAUCCGGAGACGCCACCAACCCCGAGAGGCUCUACGACCUGGUGGCCGUGGUGGUGCACUGCGGGAGUGGUCCAAACAGAGGUCACUACAUAGCCAUUGUGAAGAGUCACGACUUCUGGUUACUGUUUGAUGAUGACAUCGUGGAGAAAAUAGACGCGCAGGCCAUCGAGGAAUUCUACGGCCUCACGUCUGAGAUCUCCAAGAACUCAGAGUCGGGCUACAUCCUCUUCUACCAGUCCAGGGACUAGACGUGAACAUGCUUUGUCCCCUCUGUGAGGAUGGGAAGACAUUAAAUGCAACAUAGCAGCCUGCAUGGGGUUAGCUGUGCCCAUCCACUCUCUGGCUGCUGCUGCUGCUGGGACAACAACCAAUGAAAACUGUCAAAAAAUACUUUCAAAGAUGUAGUAUGAGGCUUGUACAGAUGUUUGCAGCAUGAAUGAGUCUUAAAUCAUUCAUGCCAUGUGACGUCAAACCCCGCCCCCAGACCCUGAGGAAAUCAAGAUGAUUGGGGGUGGGAGGCAUCUCACUAAAAAGGUGACCUGGAUUGUUUAUUUCUACAGUGUACAGAAUGGUAUUUGUAUAAAUAUGACAAAAAAGAUAUUAUUGGAAGAUAUUCUGACCUGGAGGAGAUGUAUUAACACUAUGGUGCACUUUUGAUACGUUUUAUAGGUGUUGGUGAGUUUAACACUCGGAGAGAGGAAGACAGCCUGAAUCGUGAAUCGUUUUCUGUUU